CAGCAAAUGAAGGGAGAACUCCUCUAGGCCCUAAUUUAUAUCAGGUACCCCACUGACAAACAGUCCCAGCCUGGAGGAGAGCCAAGCAUGGGUCCUGAAGAAACCAAACACCAGUGAGGAAAGGUUGAGAUUCUUUAGAGAAAUAGGCUUUAGGCUGCCACAUCUUCCUGGGUGAUAUUCAAGAGGAACAGGUGGGCAAGACUCUUUCUCCUGCCCCUAUGGCUGAGUUUUAAAGAUUCCCCUAGUGACACAUUAAAAAUAAUUUGCUCUUUGGCUGGGGCAUCCCUUAGAUCACUUGUAACUGGGCUGUGGCAAAAUUUGACAAGAGUGUGCAUGUGAGCAAUCACAGUCAUUUGAUAAUCCGUACUAAAACCCAUUUUUGCAUAAAACUGAGCAACUAAGGAUGAGAAAAAAAAAGACUGUAUUAAUUCUUAGAGAUAGGGUUGGACUAAAUAACACUGGGGAAAUAAUAACUUAUUCAAUAAUAAAUCUCACUAUACAUUUCUUUGUAGGAAAAAACAUCCCUCUGGUCGCCUGGCUUGUUGUCAUUCUGGCAUCUUUAAAUGGCAUCAUGCGUACUUAAAAAAAAUAAUACAACAGCAUUGCCCUUUGUGAGCUGUAGAGAAACAUUUUUAAGCAGAAAUGUGAAUGCUUAUUAACUGUUCAAACGUUGAUCUCAUAGGAAUAGCAAAUGUUUAUUUUAAAAGGUCACAGGAAAAAAAAAAAACUUCAACACAGCUUCUGGGAGGCUGGAAGCACUUUAAGUGUGGGAGUUCAUAGAGCUGCUGAACUGCAAGGUAAUAGUUGGACUGAGAACAAGACACAGCAACAUGCUGUGGUCUUGUUUUGACUGUAAAUGAUUUGGAACUCGGUGAGUAUUCUUGUGUGCAAAAUCUGUUUCUUAGCGACAGAGCAGGGAGAAGCGAGUCCGUAAUAAGUGCGUGUAGCACUCUGAAUCAGAAAUACACUUUUUGCUUGGGGAUGCAAUGGGGUGUCGUAGCCUGAGCGUGGAGUGGGUGGUCAGGACCUUCAGAACCUUCCUCCUACACCUGGUGCAGGAUUCUUUGGGGCCCUGCACUAACGAGCUGAGUUAAUCCUCUUGGGCACAUGAAGGCAGCACCAGGAGGUCCUAAUUAUAGUGCCAGCCCAGGUCUGCUCUUCACCCAGCUGCCUUGGGCAAAAAAGCAACUACACAGGGUGAGCUCUAACAUGGGAAAGAGGUACAGCAACAAACUCAAAAAAGGUCUCUCUCCUACUUUAAUCUAUCAGCUUAUGCAGUCCUGUCAAAGACUGGCACUUACAUCCUGCCACCUACCUGGGAGGAAUCCUGAAGUUCAUUUUAUCCUAAUUUUUGAGUACUCUAUACAAACAGACUGUUUCUUGGAGUGAGAUUUGUUGCUGAAUCUUUCCUCCCUAGUUUUGCUGUUGGUACAGUAGAAGCUGAUUAUCUACCUAAUAAAAAUAUUUUGUGGGUAAAAGUGUCAUACGCCAGAAGCGAGAGAGUACCAUGUACUUAAAACAUAGCAGUUCUUGAUCUACACCUUCUUUGACAAACCAGAGAGAGAAUGGAAAUAAAAGGAUGUGUGAGUUCAGAUCUUCAGUUGUUCUAAGGUAUUACCACACAAUUAUUUUCAGUGGAGUUGUGCCAAAUUCCACCCAGAUCUUACUCUUUGGAGUUUCCAUGUGUGUCACCGAAGGACAUGGAGCCAUUGAAAUUCAAGUUUUAGAUACCCUGCAGUCGCAGCUUAUCAAUAUGGGUGUUAUUCCUACGUUAGUGAAAUUGUUGGGUAUUCAUUGCCAAAAUGCAGCUCUGACAGAGAUGUGCCUUGUUGCUUUUGGCAAUUUAGCAGAACUUGAGUCAAGUAAAGAGCAGUUUGCCUACACAAACAUUGCUGAAGAGCUUGUGAAACUGUUCAAGAAACAAAUAGAGCAUGAUAAAAAAGAGAUGAUCUUUGAAGUUCUGGCUCCCCUGGCAGAAAACGAUGUCAUUAAGCUGCAGCUGGUUGAAGCAGGCUUAGUGGAGUGCUUGCUUGAGAUUGUCCAGAAGACUGUGGAUAGUGACAAAGAGGAUGAUGUUGCAGAGCUUAAAACAGCUUCAGAUCUUAUGGUUUUAUUAUUGCUUGGAGAUGAAUCCAUGCAAAAGUUAUUUGAAGGAGGAAAAGGCAGCGUGUUCCAAAGAGUGCUUUCAUGGAUUCCUUCCAAUAGCCAUCAGCUACAGCUUGCAGGAGCAUUGGCUAUUGCAAAUUUUGCCAGAAAUGACGGAAACUGCAUCCAUAUGGUGGAUAAUGGCAUAGUUCAGAAGCUGAUGGAUCUGCUAGACAGACACGUCGAGGACGGAAACGUAACUGUGCAGCACGCAGCCCUGAGUGCGCUCAGAAACCUGGCUAUUCCUGUUGUAAAUAAGGCUAAGAUGCUAUCAGCUGGCGUUGCAGAAGCAGUAUUGAAAUUUCUCAGAUCGGAGAUGCCCCCUGUUCAAUUCAAGCUGCUGGGAACAUUAAGAAUGUUAAUAGAUGCACAAGCAGAAGCAGCUGAACAGCUGGGAAAAAAUGCAAAGCUGGUGGAACGGUUGGUGGAGUGGUGCGAAGCCAAGGAUCACGCAGGUGUGAUGGGAGAGUCGAACAGACUACUGUCUGCACUUAUACGACACAGCAAAUCAAAAGAUGUCAUUAGGACCAUUGUACAGAGCGGUGGCAUCAAGCAUUUAGUAACCAUGGCGACCAGUGAACAUGUAAUAAUGCAAAACGAAGCUCUCGUUGCGCUGGCACUAAUAGCAGCUUUAGAGUUAGUCACUGCUGAAAAGGACCUUGAAAACGCUCAGCUCGUUCAGAUUCUACACAGACUGCUCUCAGAUGACAGGAGUGCUCCAGAAAUAAAAUACAACUCCAUGGUGCUGAUCUGUGCCCUUAUAGGAUCUGAGCCUCUCCAAAAGGAAGUGCAGAGCAUGGCAUUUCUAGAAGUCGUAUCAAAACUCCGCAGCCAUGAGAACAAAACUGUUGCCCAGCAGGCCUCGCUAACAGAGCAGAGACUUGCUGUAGAAAGCUGAGGAAGGUCUCUUGUUUUCAGUGCAUCCCAUCACAGAUUCCACCUUUGUCCUUCGUCCUGCUGCCGCUCCUGCUAUGUUUUCCACUGUAUCACUCGUGCAUGCGUGUAAUGUUCCCACACAAAUUGAUGAACUGCUGUAGGUACCCGUCCAAAAAAAAGGUUUCUAAAAAUUCAUAGGUGGUGUUAACAUGAACCUGUCUCCACCCGUAACUGUUCUACUCGUAUUCUUGUUGCUUGGGCCACAUAGUAGAAUGUGCAUGUUGUAGUCCUAUGAUGAUGUAAAAGUGGUACUACAUGACGACUCUCUCCUCACAGCCCCUAACCGCGUAACGAUGUACUACUAAAUUAGGGACAAUACAAGAUGCAGCAAGUCCAGGCUAGUGUGCUGACUGUAGGAUUAAGAAGUAAAUCUAGCUCCAUUUUUGGUGCUCUGGAGACGCAGGUUUGGAUGCAAUGUACUGCUGCUCAUUCACUGGUCUUGCCUAUUAAUGUCAAACUCGUGGUACCUAGAGGUAACAAAUAAAAAUUUCAGUGCUCUCACUUUA